UAACGAGCUGCUUGUUCGGGACAAGAACUAACGGAACCCACGAGUGGGAAGGGAAGGUCUUGCUUCGUGGAAACAGACGGACAUGAUUGUCGUUUUAAUGGGAGUGUGCGGCAGCGGGAAGACCACCAUUGGCUUAUAUCUUGCAAAUAAGCUUGGAUGGACAUUUCAUGAUGCUGACGACUAUCAUCCCCAAGACAACAAACUGAAAAUGGCUAACGGAGUACCAUUAAAUGAUCAGGAUAGAAUCCCUUGGCUCCUUGUUUUACAGAACAUAAUGGUUAGGGAAAUGCAUUCUGGGAAUCAUGCUGUGUUAGCCUGUUCAGCUUUGAAGAAAGCCUACCGGCGCAUAUUACUCCAAGGGUCAGUGGCUCUGCAUGGAACCUCAGUGGAGGAAGCCAGCACACCAAAAGACAUCCUGUUUGUUUAUCUUCAUGCAUCAGAUGAGCUCAUUUCUCUGCGACUUGCCAAACGAAAGGGACACUUUAUGGCUGAAAGUUUAGUGCCGUCCCAGUUUGCUGUGCUGGAACCGCCCACAUCCCCAGAGCACUUCAUCACCGUGGACACGGAGAAGAGCAUAGCAGACAUUGUGGCUGAGAUUGAAAAAGCACUGCCUGCCGAUUUGUAACCAUGGAAACUGUCUGCUCAUCCAUCCGACAUCACAACACAGUUCUGUGGGGCCUUUCCUGAAAUGGAGGGACAUGAGACCUGAGGCCCUUCUAGUUCUUGAGCAGCUAAACUGAAGUCAUGGUUGUCGAGUACAGGAAAAGGUCACCAAGUGUUUAUAUUAAAUAAGAGUGGGGUGUAAGUUCUUCAAGCUCUCCAUUACCAUUUCCUUUUGAAGUUAAACAAAAGGUGCAGUUAACACAGCCUCAGGACUAAACAGCUUUUCUAUUCAGUAUAUUGCAAACAGGCUACUUAGGAAAUUAUGACAUGAAAACCAUGUUCUACUGUUUAUAUAUUACCUUGAAAAAACACUUCUUCUUUUAGACAAGUAAUUCAAAACAUUACAUUCUCAAACCCAUUUUGUCUAAUUGAGCAUCACAGGGGACCACAGCCUAUCCCGGCAGCCCUAGACAGGAUGCCAGUCCACUAUUAGGUGGAGUGAUGGCUCUGAGGCUAGGGAUCUGCACUGGCAAUCGGAAGGUUGCCGGUUCGAAUCCCGUAAAUGCCAAAAGGGGACUCUGCUCUGUUGGGUCCUUGAGCAAGGCCCUUAACCUGCAAUCGCGAAGCGCUCUGAGUAGUGAGAAAAGCGCAAUAUAAAGAAUUAUUAGGGCACACUUACACAACCUUGGCCAUUUCAGGAUCAUUAGUUAACCAUACCUGCAUGGCUUUGGGGAUAUGGGAGGAGAACAAAAGCAGACACUGAAUAAAAUGCACACUCCUCAAGAACACUGAUGGGAUGGUAAAUUCAAAUUCAAGAUGCUGGAUCUGUGGGACCCCCCCUCCCCCAACAAAACACAGAGAUGUCCUCCAGUGCGGCUCAAUUUAAUUUAUUUUCAAUAAUGUCUGAUAACAUUAUAUUGUCAUUUGCUUCCUGAUCAUUUAUUGUAUUAACUAUAUCAGUGCUGACUGGAAUGAAGGAAAAUUGGUUUGAAAUUUCACAUUAUUUAAAUGAACCCAACUGAAAUAUUGACAUAAUAAAACAGCAUGCCAAGAUAAAGUUUGCAAAAGCCGUGAAGUUGUAUUGGUUUGAUGAAAAAUCCUCCUUCCACUUAGACCUGACACUUUGCAAUUCUACCUAGAUGCCUAAUUUUUCUGGUGCAAGUCUCUAACCCGCUGUGCUGUGAAUGUGUACAGUGGUUGUUAUAAUGCCACUCACAUUGCUAAGCACUGGGAAGACCACCAAAUGCAGAACACUUAGUAUAUACAUGGCAGAGUUUGUGUUCUUACUGAAUUGGUAACUAGGCAGGAAAGUGAGUGGAUGGUACAAAAAAAAAUAAAUAAAUUGUCGCCUCUUAUUUCACAUGUACUUAUUCAAAUGCCUUAUUUAACUUGCUCCAUCCUCAACUACCUUUGCCAUGUCUGAACUACCUUAAAAGCAAUGGCUAAAAACAUAAUAUUUAGCAUGUGCAAAAAAAUGAUUUGAAAAAGAUUUAACAGGCUUGAAAUUUAGGAAUGGUCAGCAAGGCAUACUCAGGCACAUACCAGGGCCACCGAGAGUCACCAGUUAAUCCAAAACUAGACAUCGUUGUGAUAUGGGAGAAAAAAAAAACUCUGGACCAGGAUUUGAGCUGUGAGGCAACAACACGAGCCGCUACAACACUGUGACGCCUCCUCUACAAAAAUAUUACAUGAAAAUAAAUAAUACACAUCAAAAUAAUCAAAUUAGCCUUUGUAUUGACAAAAAACAUUUAAAAAUUCCAAUGUAAUAUUUCCUUACAGUUAGGGUUGGGGUAGAUUUUCAAAGAGGAUAAUCCAUUACACACUACUAAUUAAUUCUCUCCAACUUUAAUGGGAUUACUUUGCUCCUUACCUUCUGGAAAGUCAUGCAGUGCUGCAAAAUUCAACGUCCAAGUCAAAACAGUCACAUAUGCAGUGCAAAUCAGGCAGGGGGUGUGGAUCAGGUAGUCACACUUGAGUCCUCAAAUGUUCUCUGAAAUGGAAUGCCUGCUCAUUUAUGACAUUUAGAUAUUUUUGUUUAGAAACAUGUGAUGCAAAUAACAGAAUUCUACUUAAGUUAGUAACUAUAUUGUGAUUACAAGAUUUAAACCGUAAUAAAUUGCAUUGCUUCAUUAGUGGGAAAUGUAAAUUAGAACACAGUAAAUGGUUGCAUAGUUCUGCGUUACCCCAACUCUGCUUCCAAUAAUUCAUUUUCAAAACUUUACUCAAUUAAAUUAUUUAUCCAUGGAUUUACCUAACUUCUGUAGAAGUCAAAGCCCACCUCAGCAGGGCUGGGUGCCACUUUAUUAAAGGGCAUCCACACCCAGACACUUCUGAUAUGGGGUGGGGGCUCAACCAUUAGCCUAACAUGCACAUAUUAAGGAUGUGAUAGGAAACCUGGAGUAGCACAAAUCAAACACUGAACAGAGAAUGUGCAAACGCCAAUGACAAUCACCUGAACAGAAUAGUCAUUCUGUGUGUGUCAUCCUCAUCUUGAUCAAUCGAGCCAAACAUACAAACAUAAUCCAUUACAACUUAUGGAGGUUUUCAAAAAGCUUCUAAAUACAUACCAAAAAUUAAGCUAGUGAUCAAACUAAAAAGUGUAAAUUCUACGUGCAGUGGGUAGAUGAAUGCAAAAUUGGCUUAAACACCAGGAAUAAGCGGGUAUAGUGAGAGGAACAGGUUCAGAAUUUGGUAAUGUAAAAAGCAGUGCUCCUCAGUGUUGGAGUUUUAUAUAUAUGACACAAAUAUAGAAGUGAGGUAUGGUUUGUGUAUUUGUAGCUACAACUCCCAAAGGCAGAAAAUGAGUCACGGCUAUUUUUUUUAUUCCUAAGCUUUCGACAACCUACUAGGUAUCACCAUCACAGGAAU